UGUGAGAGCUUGCAGGAAGUGGACACACACCACUUCACCGGGUGGGGCCUCUCGUUCUCACUGUGCCUGAUUAAGAAAGCACUUACAGUGAGCAAAGGAAGAAUGUAGGGAAAAUGCAGUCUUUGGGCUAGCUCUCCACAAUGCUCAGCUAAAAGGCUUUGCGGAUCAGGUUUUAAAGGAAUUUAAUGAAAGGAUUCCAAGUGGAAUAAAAAGGAAAAACAUGGGGAUACUAUAUUCACAGCCUAUUUGCCAGGCAGCUUAUAAUAAUGACUUCAAUGAACUUCAGCUCCUAUUGGAAGAAGACAGCAAUACUCUGAAUAUCCAGGACCGUUUUGGCGGAGACACACCAUUAAUCUGCGCAUGCAAAAAGGGGCACAACAGAAUUGUCAGUUACCUUUUGAGAAUGAAUGCUGAUGUGAACAUAAAAAAUAAGAAAGAAAGAACCUGUUUGCACUAUGCUGUCAAAAAACGAUUCAGUUUCCUUGAUUAUUUACUCAUCAUCCUUUUAAUGCCUGUUAUGCUGAUAGGUUAUCUCCUAAUGGUAUCUAAAAGCAAGCAGAAUGAAAACCUCAUCAAGAUGCUACUUAGAGCUGGUGUAGAUGUUAAUGCUACAGAUGAGUCAGGCCGGACUGCCCUCCACUAUGCUUGUGAAAUGAAGAACCAGUCCAUCAUUCCAUUACUAGUCGAAGCAGGUGCUGACCUUUCUAUAAAGGAUAAGGAUGGGGAGACGCCAUUGGACAUAGCAAGAAGAUUAAAGUUCCUCGACAUAGAACACAUAUUAAAGAAGGAUUCCUAGGUCAUUAUACUGCAGACAUUGUUGGAAAAGCUCUAACCCAACUCCAUUUACAGUUUCAAGUAACCUCAUGAUUACAGCAGCUGACAAGCUUAUGCAAAAGAAUAAACUGCAUUAAAUCCCAUUGUUGAGGUUUGAUGGGUGAUGAAAUCAGAACAAUGUGAUUAGUUCUGUGAGCAUCAAAGUAUUACUGGUUUUUAUUUUCAUGAUUGUUUUCUUACUCAAGUACAAUGUUUGUAAGAGCAUAAGCCAGUGUUUUUCAAACUCGGUAACUUUAAGAUGUGUGAACUUCAACUCCCAGAAUUCCCCAGCUAGUUGAAGUCCACACAUCUUAUUGCUGCUGAGUUUGGAAAACACUGGUAUAAGCCAUACUAUUUAUUUCAUUGGGACUAAAUGGGUGCUAUUUUGUGAUCCAAAACAGAUUUAGCAAUAAAGACCUGUUUUGAAUUUAUUUUUAGUCUGUCAAAAGGUGUGUCUAUUUUGUGUUGAAUAUAUAGAAUAAUAAUAGAACAAGGAGACAAAGUAUUUUAACUCCUGGGAGUUGCCAACUUCAUGUGGGACUGGAGCCAGAACAGCCAUACCACUCCAAUUCCUUUUACCUUUGGUAUUUAUAAUUCGAGCAGAAUGACACAAUUCUCUAUAAUUGUUGCAGAAUUCUGUUUUUCUGUAUGUAAAGGUUUGAAUACUGUUGAGAUUUGACUACUUUGUCGUAGUUCUAUCCCUUUAUUGUCAAUUUAUCUCCUGUUUCAUUCCCUCAUUGUUAACUUUUGAUUUUCCAGUUUUACAGACUAGACUGUUUUUCUAAGACUUUCUGGUUAUGGAUCAUAAUAAAGAAAUUAACUCAUUAUAUUAGGACAGGAGGAGAUCCCAAGAAGAAUUCCUGUUAGGCAAGGAGGCUAUAUGGCAACAUUUUUUUUUUUGCAGUUUAUCAUGGCUUUUUUCAUUUGUAUACAUGGUUCUUCAGGGUGGUUUACAUUAAAAAGUGAAACCCUUGAAACAUUAAACAAAACAGUUAAAAUCAUAAUAAAAUGUAAAACCAUUCAAAACUAAUAAAUAAAAUUAUUAAAAUCCAGACUGAAAAUA